AGGAGCCGGUUCGGAAGGUUCCUAGUUUUCUAGUCCAGUUUGUUGCUAUACCGGUGCAGGUUUAAAUUGUUUUCUUUAGUCAUGAGAUUAAGAACGAUAUCAUGAUAAAAAGGAGCAAAAUGUUAUUUUAGUCCUACUUAUUCUAAUUCUGGAAAUGCCCAAUUCCAAAGCUGUUGAUAUGCCGGAAGAAGGGUGGGAGGGGGGCGUUAUGUACGGAAGUACCGGUGAGAAACAGCCGAUAUUGGGACAGAAUGUCUAUGCAGCCCACACUUACUCCACCAACUCGGAACAAGAAUCCGUCUUGCCUCCGCCGCCGACAGUUCUGCCGUCUGUAGCUCCCAGCAGUCCCCCCAACAUCCUGGUGUACCAUCGGCGCUGGUGGAUCAUGGGAACUUUCUCUCUACUCGGUAUUGCCCAGGGAGCAGUCUGGAACUGUUGGGGGCCGAUUUCUGACUCAGCAAAGCUGGUAUAUGGAUGGACAGAUGGGGAGAUCGGCAUGUUGGCAAACUGGGGCUGUAUAGCCUUCUUCCUGUUUGCACCUGGUCUGAUGUACCUCAACGCUGACAGACUACGCUUGUCAGUGGUGUUGACUGCCUUGCUUAUCGCAGUGGGAACUGGACUGAGAUGCAUCCCCGCAUCAACUGCCAUAGCUACCAUAUUGAUUAAUAUCGGCCAGUUCCUGAAUGGAGUAGCAGGCAUCAUGUUGAUGGCAGCCCCCCCUCUUCUCUCCUCCACAUGGUUUCCCCCAAACCAGCGCACCACCGCUACUGCCAUCAGCUCCAUAUUUAACUACGUAGGAACGUCGGUGGGAUACCUGAUUGGUCCCCUGUUUGUGUCCCAGCCUCAUCUCACACCCAACAGCACACUGCAGCACAAUGAAACUGCUGUUGAGGACAUAUCUGGCCAGAUCAUGAGGCUCAUGUAUGUUGAGUGUGGCUAUUGUACUGCAGUGUUCCUGGCUAUCCUGAUAUACUUCCCUUCCAAGCCCCCCACCCCACCCAGCCUGUCUGCUGCUAUGGACCGACUGGACUUCAAAACUGGAGUUAAAAAACUCUUCAGACAUGGUCAGUUCUGGCUGGUGUGUCUGGCCUACUGUGUACCAGGAGGGGUCAUCGGGGGGUGGACAGCCGUCCUGGAUGUCAUCCUGUCUCCGCACGGGAUCUCACAGAUUGAUGCAGGCUGGCUUGGCUUCUAUGGUAACAUAGCAGGAUGUGCGAUGGGGCUACUUCUCGGAAGGUUUGCAGACUACUUUGCCGGCCACCUGAGGCUGAUCAUAGUUGUGAUGAUGCUGUGUGCCACAGGAGCGAUGACAUGGUUCACUAUCAUGCUGUACGGUGCCUUACCUCUCACUCAAGUGAGCCUGUAUGUUUCCUUCAUCCUGACGAUGGUGAGUGUGAACGCGAGUGUUCCCCUGUUCCUGGAGCUCGUCAUGGAGACAACCUACCCUAUAGAGGAGGCUGUCAGUGCUGGAGUCAUCACCUGGGCAAACAACCUGUUCGCUCUCAUCUUCCUUCUCGUGCCUCUUCUUCCCAAAGUCGGUGUAACCUGGAUGAACUGGGCUGCUCUCGGUGCGGUAGCAUCUUCCAUCCCUCUCCUGUGUAUCUUCAGAGAGAACUACAGACGACUACAUCUGGAUACAGGAGCAGGAACAGUAACACACGACGACAGCAAACAUGUCAUCAAUGAUAGCAGUGUUAUAGAAGAAAGAAAACCUUUACUAAAUGCUGCUUAACAAGCACAAUGAGAAAUGCUGUGGACAAACAAAAUUAUAAAUUUUAGCAAUUUAGAUAAAAAUGAAGAAGAAAAGCAUCUAAAUGUUUGACAAGAAAGCCAGGUAUGGCUGUGCAUUAAUUUAUUUACAACAUUAUUACACAGAAGAUACUGCAAUGUUGCAGUAUUGCAGUUCCCUGAUGUUUUAAGAAUGUCUUGUGUGUAAGAUGUACUUUGCUGCUUUUUUAGCAAAAAUAUUUUAAUGAGGACAGACUGAGUGAUAUUUUAAACUCAAAGAUUAUAAUUGUUUGUCAUACAAUGUACAGUUAGACUGUAUUUCACACAAUUUUUGUGCAAUGUUGACCUCAUCUUGCCAUGUUAUAGAUGGUUUAUAGUAAAGGAGGAAAAUUAAGUGUUGUCCAAAAACUGAGAUUUAUGUUUGCUGAUUCAGAGUUGAAUUGAGAUUUGAAAUGGUUGUAGCAUAAUUAUCCAGGUAUGUUUGACAUACAAAAUAUUAAGGUCUACAGGCUUAUUAUGUAUUGCAUAGUGACCUUGUACAGUCAUGUAGUAAUUUAAAAUUGAAACACGUGAGAUAAAAAUAAUAGUAAAAUAAUGAUGUUUUAGUAACGUUAUCAGUUCCUAAUGUCUUAUACUGUGGAAACUGUGUCAGACCUUCAGGAAUAUCAGCCUCAUGUCUUCAGGUAGUGAAGAAUGAUAUGAUGUGAAGACUCAGAUUAAAUUGAACACAUUUUCAGGGACCUGUAAAACUGAUUUA